AUGAAGUCAAUUCCUAGCUUCCUCCAAAGAGCGGACCUCAGGGCAAGCCAUUGGGGGGCGGCUGGUGAGAACGUUGCGCAGACCAACGACAAAUCUAGCGGCAGGAAGAACAGCCGCUGGAGCAUGCUGUACUCGGCCCGCUCCGUCAAGACGGGCAACUAUGACGAUCUGUCCGAGGACGAGUUGGUGGAACACAACGGAGAGCGAGCAAGAAAGAAUUGGCGCGUGCUACGGGCGGUAUUCAUGGCCCUUGGUAUAUUCCGAGUGGGCGGGCUCAACCGUCUCCGCGCCAAACAGCUGAGCGCGGCAGAGGUGAAGCGAGGCCUGCGGAGGAACGUGACCGGGGGAGGACAGAACAUCAUCCCCACGAUGUCUUUCUACGCUCCCAAGGUCACCGGAGACACCGCAGAUUCGGCGGCGCAGUACGAGGCGCUGUGCAGCCAGUGGGCACGCUUCUCCCCGGCCAUUGUGCACCGCAUGCUUCGGCAGAAGUUACUCAACCAUGGUUCCAACGAACAGGAGUUCACGUGCGAGAGGUUCUCGACGACUCUGCUGUUCGCGGACAUCUCGGGCUUCACGCGGCUGAGCGCGCGGCUGAAUGCGGAGCAGCUCAAGACGCACACGAACCAGUACUUUACCAUGCUGAUCGAUGUCGUGGCGCGGUAUGGCGGCGACAUCAUCAAGUUCUGCGGAGACGCCGUGAUGAUCGUCUGGCCCUCGGAACACACCGCUCCAAGAGGGGUGCUUCAGGCGAACGCGAUGCAAGGGGCCGCGUGUGCCCUGACGAUGCUCAGCGAGUGCGGGGAGUACGACGUGGGCAAGGGGGAGGAGGCCGUGGCACUCCGUCUGCACUGCGGGAUGGGGAGUGGCCAGAUGUACGGCUACCUUGUGGGCGCAGACGACAGGUGGGAAUACUUGGUGGCAGGGGACCCCCUCCGACAGAUUGGCGAGGCUGAGCCUGAGGCAACGCAGGGCGAGGUCAUCCUGUCCCCGGAGGCGUGGGAGCUGGCGUCCACCGACUUUGUGGCGACGAAGACGCCUCAGGGGAAUUGGCUGCUGAGGGACCUGAGAGACGUGUCAAGGCCUUCUUCCCCUACCAGGGAGGCGGCCGGAGAAAGAAACCGGCGACACCGCGCGUCGGCUGCCGAAAGCCCCCACCUUCCCUCGAGCAACCCGACCCCUGACGGAGGAGGAGCCGCAGCGGGAGCCGGAGGCGGUGGUGGUGACGCCGCCGGCGGUGAUGGCCUGGCCGGGGUGGGCGCGGGAAGGGCUUCAAAACGGUUUCGAGGAGGAUCCCCGGCUCAAGGAAACGCUGGUAGCGGCGGCGGUGAGAAGACCAACAACGGUGGCCCUGCCUUUCCUAGGCCGGGCGAGGCCGUCGCCGGUGACCUCAUUGCCGGAGGGGGCGGUGUGGGCGGCGGGAUAUCGGCGAGGGGGGGGGGUGGUACCCCUGUCGGCGGCAGUAGUGGGAGACCGCGUCACACCGGGAAGAGAAACAGGAAAGAGAGCAACAGCCUUGCGGUCUUUCGGAGGGAUAGGGCAUCAACGAUCACCGAAGAGGACGAGUCAACCAUGUGUGCUGCCCACCCCACCAACCAAUGCACCAAGAAGGCAUCCAUUGCCAGCCCCUCUUGCGGCACUCCCGCAACUCCGAAAACGGUCACCAUGAACGUCAACCAAUCCUCCGCGGUUUCCGAGGAGCACCGCUUGCAGGCCAGCGACUACCUGGCUCCCUACAUCGAGGCGCAGUACGAUGGGGGAGUGGAGAAAUCCAUGAAGGGGCUGAGCACCGCCCUCAGGGGCUUCACCCAGGAGAGCGCGAGGCACGCCAUCCAGAGCAACACCGUCAAGUACCUCGCCGAGAUCCGUUUCGUCACGACAAUCUUCAUCAACAUCUACGGGCUGGAGGAACAGCUCAAGCGCGGCGGGGGCUUCCUCCUGCAGCAGACGAUGGACCUCGGCGUGAGCAGUCUGCUCAAGUUCGGGGGCGUCCUCCGGCAGUUCGUGGUGGACGACAAGGGCUGCGUCAUGAUCGGGGCGUUCGGCCUGCCUCAGUACAGCUACGAAGACAACGAGGUUCGGGCAAUCUCUGCCUCGAAGGAAAUCAUCUUGGCGUUCGAAGGCCUACAGCUAGGGGCCAGCAUCGGCAUUACCACGGGGCAGGUGUACUGCGGGUUCGUGGGGGCGUCGAAGCGUUGCGAGUACGCCAUGAUGGGCUGCAGCGUCAACCUGAGCGCGAGGCUCAUGGCCUCCGCGCCGAAGAACACGAUCCAGGUGGAUUUCGAGGUCUGGAAACGCGCGCACAAUUUCUUCGACUUCGAGACGUUGACCCCGAUCAAGGCCAAGGGCUACGUCGACCCGGUCCCGGUGUUCCGGCCCCUCGAACAGGCUCUCAAAGACGACAACAGCAAGAGGGUGAGCGAUGCCGGUGGUACAGACAGCGACCUGAUGAUUGGAGUAACUGCGGAGCUGGAGGUACUGGAAAACUCCGUGCGGCGGUUGCAGAACGCGGGGAUAACAAGGCCCGUCAUUCUUCUUGGACAGGUAUCUUCGCCUGGAACGGGCGGGGCGUGUGCGCGAGUCAGUUUCACAACCAACGACGACCAGCAGCAUCUCAACGAGUCACCAGCGUCUGUUGUGAACGCCGACGGUGCUACUUGUGAAGCAACUGCUGGUGCAAUGGGUACUGCUGGUGCAGCCACUACUCAAGGGCCACCUUCAGCGUGGGCGGAGAAAAAACAAGACCAGGCUUCCGUGACAUCGGGCGCGAAAGCUCGCCAGCUUAGCCCUCCGCACUGUGGCGGAAAGGAAGGAGCUUCAGCGAAAGUUGCACUCAUGCCCCGAAGAACUACGUUGGGACCGACGAUCUCGUGUGGCGACGGCAACAAGGACGAUAACGUUGCGGUAGUAUCCAAGGGAUCGGGACAUUCCGCGGGAUCAGUGGCAAGGUCCCCCUCGGGGUCGGCAACGAGGAAAGAAACGGCAAAGCCUAAGAGCCUCUUGAAGCAAAGGACGGAGUCGUCCAUACAUCAGCAACCCGGCGGGAGGGGAAGAGGGGCCCCGCUGUUGGUUACUCGGCACAAAGAUCGCUGGCAGGAGAUGAUGACGGUGUCCUCCGAGAUCACCGACAGAAAGUUCAGCGAAGGGAAAUCGCCACGGACGACAAGGUUCUCCGCGAAUGAGAGCGGCCGGGAGGAGGCGGCCGAAAGGAGACCUCGGUACGACAAGAUCAAGAUGAGAAGCCCUGUCGCGAACGCCGGCAAGGGGAACGACUCGGAAGGCCAAGCUGCGACGGUGAAGUCCCCGGCACGAGCCUUCAAGCUCAAGAUGAUGGCCGGGGGAAGUUUUGGCGCUGUUGCCGUUGCUCAGAAAGUCGUCGCUGGGUUUCGGGGGGAUCCAGACUGGGCAUCUGGGGCAUCGAGGAUCGCAAAGAGAAGGUCAGCCUCACAGCGCACCGGUUCCGACGACGACACCAGCGGGCCAAGGACAAGCUCGAAAAGGAAGGUUAACUCGAAGGGGGGGGCGGCCUCCCUAAUCAGUGAAAAAUCAAGGAGGGAUCAGGCUUCUAGAAGAUCGGUCGGAAGGAGAAAUUCUGCAUUCGUACAGGAGCAGACCGUGAGAAGAGGCGAUGACGAGAUAGACACGAAAUCGAAGUCAAGCACGCAUAGUGCCGCCGUCUUGCCGCAGAUGCUCACCGCGGAAAAUCUCAAGGGGAUCGCUUCCGUGGAGAUGGAGAUGGAGGGGAUGGAAUCGAAGGGGGACCCAGUCAAGGCAGAAGGCGAGGCCGCGAAGAUCGUAGAGUGGAUGCGACUGUCCUGCCCGGACAUGGUGCCGAUUGCCCCGCUGCUCAAGGAGCUCAUGUUCACCGGAUUUUCAGAAACUAGGAUGACGGCCGCGUUUCCUCCAGACGUUCGUCACCGCAAUCUCGAGCGGCUGGUUGUGGAGGUGGUUCGUACGGUCAUCGACAACGAGGGGAAGCGCCUGCUGCUCAUCAUCGAGGACGCACAGUGGAUGAACCAACUCAGCAUGAAGCUCCUCCUCAAGGUGGCGAGAGCGGGACUGAGGCUGAUGAUCAUCAUCUCUGCCCGACCCUUCGAGGAGUACUUCGAGACGGUUCCACACGAUUUCACCACAUUUCGGGAGAUCGGAACGACGAUAGAGAUGUCCCCGCUGUCACCCUCGGAUUGCCUCGUGCUGGCGCGCCACGUCAUCGGGGAGGCCGUGAUCGAUGCCCACCCGGAGGCCGACCUGUUGCCCGAGGGGUCGGACAUAGUCCUCCACGAGAAAAGCGGGGGAGGGAACCCCCUGUUCGUGCGCAACAUAGCCAUCACGUUGCGGGACAAUUUGGUGACGAGUGGUGCAGUCACCCCGCUGGUGGACCUCCCCGUUGGCUUUUUUCAUGCGCUAAUCGUGAGCCGCUUCGAUGCGCUCGAGCCGCCGGAGCAGACUGUUCUAAAGGCCGGCACAGUCAUCGGGGCGACGUUCAGCAAGGACCUGCUGCUGCACAUGCUGCCGAACAACAGCCGGUACAGGACCGAGAACCUGCACGAAGCCCUCCUUAAGCUGAUCGAGGCCAACUUCAUCUCGAGGUCGGUGGUUGGACGGACGGAGCACUUCAGCUUCGUGCACACCUCGGUCCAAGAGACGGUGUACACAAUGAUGCUCACGGACCAGAAGGAGAGCCUCCACGAGGUGUGUGCGCAGUGGCACGAGAAGCACAACAAGGGGAACGCCAACUACCAGAGCGUCAUCAUGCACCACUGGAUGAGAUCCAGCAACACCCCCAAGAAGGUUAUUCAACACAUGCUGGCGCUGCUGGCCAUUGCGUUUGGGAAGGACAUGGCGACGGCCACAGUCAUCUCCCUCGAGCCGUUUCUGGAGGCCACCCAACCGUCUCUCAACAAGCAAGACACAGCAGCCUCGAAAUUACCGCCGCCACCUCCGCGGCCAGCGGCCACCGCUGGGUCCGUUCCGAAAAGUGACCCUGCCGGCAGCGAUCGAGACACCGUCGAGCAGCGUCAAAAAACAGACGUGACGAUUCACAGGAAAAGUAGCGGUCAAGAUGACGCAGCAGGCAUGGCAGCAGGGAGGACAGGGGAAGCAACCGGCGAGGGGCACGCGUCGGGCCUCUGCGGUUGGUUCACUGAUGGUUUGGGAGCAACCGGGCUAUCGCGUCGACGUCGGCGCUUCUCGUCCAUGGUGGUGCCGGUUGCGGCUCCUCUGACGGGAAAGGAGGCAGAGGCUGCCGAGCGACUACACGCGGCUAGGACAGCGGCUAGGCUGGGGUGUUCGGUGGGCAACCUCACCAAGCGCCAGCGAGAAAUGCUAGUAGCCAAGGAUCAAGAGUGGUUGUGGGCGGCCGACUUCUUGCCGUGGCUAGAGUUUUCGGAUCCUCUUUUCUCUCCGACCUUGGUGGCGAGAUGGAUCGGUGCGAUAGGAAUGGCGCACCUGCACCUUGGACGGCUACUGCCCGCCCACAACCACAUGCAGGAGGCACUGGUCUAUCUUGGCUUCCCGGCCGUGCCAUCCCAAGCACUUCCUUUCGACAGGGCCGCCUGCCUCGCCAAGGAGUUCUUCUUGAUGCAGGGACCUGCUAGAGACAGCGACGACACGCUGUUCGCGGCCAAGCUGUACGGCGCCAUCGCCGACAUUAGCAUCAAGACGGGAAUGGGCGGAAACCUUUCCUUCAUCAACCGCCUCGUCAAAGUGAGUACACGCAAGGUGGACUUUGUGGACAAGACGCAAGAAGGCAUACGGCUCCUUCUCAACCUCGCUCACGAGGAGCUGGCAAAAGGACACCACGACAAGACCGAGUCCCUGCUGGAUCGCGCCCUUGCUCUGUCCAUCGACAUUGGCGACCCAAUCACGAGGGGCAUCGCUCUUAUUGCUUCGGGCACGUACAACGCUGGGGAGGGACUAGUCACGGAGGCGGAGGAGCACUUCGCUGAAGCUUUCGAAAUGUUUGCGCCGGCCGGUGACUACUCUCGAUGUGGGGAGGUCGUGGUGGGAUCGGCUUACGCAAAGCUGUGCUCCGGAGACACGCCGGAGGCCUUGUCCAUGUUCAAUGAGGUCCGAGAUACGGCCAUCUCCCACAACGACGACUAUCUUUCCCAGGCCUCGCUGCACGGAGCGGCCUUGGUGCACGCCAUCACGGGAAACAUGGCGGAGGCUUCCGCCGGCCUGGCGAAGAUGAGGUCUAUUGUAGAGGAGGACUGGGCCCGUCGAAGGGGCAGGAGGGGCAGGACGGCCGCCGCCACGGAGGGCACGAGCCACGCCUCCCUGGUGGUCAUGGAAACCCUCGGCGCCUAUCUGGCGGCAUCGCGGGGCGACGGAAAAGCAGCGCUGAAGGGCGUGUGCCGAGCAUCUCUCCGCCUGUCCCGGGCAGGUGCUCUGCGCUUCAGCUCCGGCCUGUUCUUGCACUUAGCCACGGACGCAUGUUUCACGAUCUUGGAGCAGGACAUGCUUCCUCCCGGGCCUGACAGCUAUCGAAGAGUUAUCGCAGCGGCAAGGCUUCUCAUUCGCACCCUCGGACGAUUUGCUCAGAUGUUCGACUUGAUGUCUCCGCUCCACCAGCUCGGCCGCGCUCGCUGGAGCAUGCUACAUGGCAUGGACAAGGUCGCCGAGAAAGCGCUAGUUUUAGGUCUUGAAAUCAGCGAAGAGGAUGUCCACUUCCCUUUCGCGGAGGGGCUUCUCCUGCUGCACUCGACGCGCAUCGAGUCCCUGCCAAUGGACGAGCGGAGGGCGAGGGCAAGGAGAGGGAGGCGAACCCUCCACAGAAUAGGGGCUUGCUUGAUCCCACCAGCGGAUCGAACCCGAAAGAAGGGAGAGGCGAAGGCGGAAGAGGAACCCUCCAAAGAAUCGGCGACUUGA